AAAGUUCCUUUCGAUUUUGAACUCUCAUGGCACGAAUAUAAAAUGCGUCGGGUCACGUUUGUAUUUUCAAUACGCACAAGUCUUUCUUUGAAGAAGUAUCAGACAAAACACCAAUCUACUCUCUUUAUUUACCCUCGAGAACGUUUCAGCUCUCGAAAUCUCUCAGAAUUUGACAUGAUUACCUCUUUGUGAAGAGCUUUCGAGCACAAAUUAUGCGAAUUCCAAUUAGAACGUUUCCUCAUACUCGUGGUUUUUCUUCCGGUGUCAAGUUAGCAACCCUGUGUAAACUAUCAAGCAGUCUUCCGCAAUUGACCCGGGUGGAGAUGGACACAGACACUGACUGACCAAAAGCUGUGUAUGCGUGUGUGGUGUUUGUAUCUGAACUGCAAACAUGGAUGAGGCUACAGGAUUGUUAUCAAAACUGAAGUCUACUGAACCUUUAAGACAGCAGGAAAAAAUCAUUUCACAGUUGAUCAAGCUUGUUAUUGAGAUUAAUGAAGACGAUGACGAUACUGAUGAAUGUGCAGUACAGGAGGCGAUUAUGCAAAGUGAGGCAAUGGACCUUCUACUGACACACCUCCAGGAUGAUCUGUCUCAGGAAAAGGAAUCUCUUCUUGCAGCAUGUUGUCAGCUUGUUGCAGAACUUGCUAAAACAGAAACUCUGCGAGAACCACUUGUAAAUAGAGGGUUUAUGCCUCAACUUUUACGACAUCUGCCUAGCACAAACAUUGCCUUAGCUACACAGUCCUGCCGUGCUUUAGGAAAUAUAUGCUAUGACAAUGAUUUAGGUCGUUCAGCUGUGGAUAAAGAAAAUGGGAUUCCUACAAUACUCAACAUGUUAUCGAAACAGAUAGAGAACUCCGAGGAAGGAGCGGCCCGUUUACGCAUCAUAGUCUGUGGGUUUUUGCUGAACCUCACUAACAACUGUGAACUACUCCAAGACAAAGCCAUCGACAACGGGGUGCUGGAUCUACUCAACGACACCAUCAGCCGCCAUCUUGAUGACGAGGACCUCACAAAUAUGGCGCUUCUAACGGUGGGCAGCAUCACGGAAGCUGAUUCUGGCAAGGCGGCAGCGAGUCGGUCGGGCCUUCUGGACACGCUGAAGAUGCUUCUGGACAGAGAGAGUUCUGUAGAUCUUACAGAAAUGAUCCUGGAACUUCUCACUGGCAUCAUGGAGUCAGAGCCGGCCAAAGAGAUGGCAGCAGAGAACGGACUGUGCAAGUCUCUGGUCAGCCUCAUCCAGUCUGAGUCUCUCAGCCCCGAGGUGGUCAAGAUGGCCUCGGACGUCUUCAUCUCUGUGCUGGUUGGAGAUGACAGUAUGGAGAAGCUGUACGCCUCAGGGGAGGGCCAGCUGUUCCUUCAGUCUGUAGAAUGGCUCUCCUCUGACAAGGACCACCUCAAGACUUUGGGCAGUCUGGCAAUUGGCAACUUUGCACGACGAGAUGCAUAUUGCCAGCAGUUGGUCGAGAAUGGCAUCCUUGAGAAACUCAUCUCCAUACUCAAGUCCAACAUCGGACCAGAGGCAAGCUUCACCCUACAGCAUGCAGUGCUCAGCACAUUGAGAAAUCUGGCAAUUCCUGUGUCUAACAAGCCCAAACUACAGGCAGCGGGAGUGAUGGACGCCUGCCUUACCCUGAUCCACUCAGAGGUCAUGGCUGUCGUCUUCAAACUCUUGGGGGUUUUGAGGAUGCUUAUCGAAGGUCAAGAGGCUGCUGCAAUGAAACUGGGUCAGGAGCGAACGUUCCUGGAAUGCCUGGCGGAAUGGUGUAGUGUGGAGGCUCAUGCUGGGGUCAAAGGGGAGGCGACCAGAGUGAUGGCUUCAUUGGUUAAAAACAGUCGGUCCACCGCAGUCAUUCAGAAUCUCAUCCGAGCCGAAGGAUUAGUUCAUCUGGUCGCUAUGGCAACCUCAGAGCACUUGGUUAUGCAAAACGAGGCUGUGAUGGCUCUGACAAUUAUUUGCUCAGUAGCAUUAGGGGAGGCAGCUGUGUCCUUGAAAGAGGCUGGCCUCAGUUCUACUGUGCUGACUUUGCUAAAGGAGCAGACUCUGCCUUCAGAGAUGGUGAUCAAUGUCUUGAGUUUACUCAAGGCCGUCACAGCUUCAGCCUCCCCUCCCACACCUACGCCUUGUGCUCUACUCGCCUGCACCGGCCUCAUGCCAGACGUUCGCAGGAACCUGCGGGAGGAGAUUGUGAGCUCAGGUGUUGUGGACCAGGUGAGGUCACUUGCUGAAGGUCAUGGGGAUGUCAAGGUCAAAGAGCAGGCAAGGUCAGCCUUGAAUAUCAUGGAAGAGUCCAUGUCCACCGGCUGAUGAUGUCGGACUAAAUACAUGGCCCAGCAAACUGACGCCAGGGGAAGGGUGUGCUUUGCAAAAUGAGUUGAUUGAAUCACUUGUGAAGAUUGCUGUGUGUUCAUUUGGUUAGAGUGUGGUGGGGAACGGAGAUUUUGUCAGAAUAGGACGGGUACAAAGUGUUUCUGUUUGGCACUGCAUUGUGUGUAAGAGAGGUGGGUUUGGAAGUGUGGUUUUGAGUCGUGUGUGUUUGUAAGUGUUUGUGAAUGGGAAUAUGUGUUUGUGUGCAUGUGCGUGUGUAUGCAUAAAUGUGAGUAUGUGUAUGUGUGUGAGAGUGAGUUCAAAGUGUUAUAUUGAGUUGUGUGUGUUUGUUAAUGUAUGUGUUUGCAUGCAUUUAUGUACGUGUAUGCAUAAUGUGAUUAUGUGUGCGUGUGUGUCUAUGUGUGGACAAGAAAAAAGAAAAGAAAGAGAGAGAGAAUUUGUGUUUCUGGAUCACCAUGUGUGUGUGUUUAUGCAAGGAUGGUGAUUUAUAGGACCAAUGGAAAAGAGAACGAGUAUGAGAGAGGCACAGUAGCAGACAGACAGUCUAAUGUAGCUUUGUGUGGAGUAUGAGAAUUAAUAAGAGACAGAGAAAGAGAGACAGAAAAAGAAAGAGACAGAGAAAGAGAGAGACAGAAAAAGAAAGAGACAGAGAAAGAGAGAGACAGAAAAAGAAAGACAGAGAAAGAGAGAGACAGAAAAAGAAAGAGACAGAAAGAGAGAGAGAGAGUGAGAGAGAGAGAGACACAAUGUGUGAGAGAUAGUGGAGUGUCGGUAACAAGAGGGUGAAAUCGUAUGCAUGUAUUCUUUAUAAUAUAAUGUUUACGCAAGUUUUAGCCCGAUGAAUAUCUGUUGGCUCGUCAUGUAUGUAAGUGUAAGCAAGAUAGAACAAACAAACAGAGAUGGAGAGAGGCGGCUUACUCCAAGAUGGAGUAGACAGGGUCUCUGCAGCUUGUUUGUGGUCCGUUGUGCCAAUAAAAUCUACUCAUCACUUCUGCUUUCUGUGGCCUGGUUUGGAGAUUGUUACUAUAAGGUAUUAUAAUGGGUAAUGGUUUAAGUGAGCCCUCCAUUCUGAAAAGAACUGUCUUGCAUGGGUGACUUCACGAUGACCCACAUGUGGCCCCCCACAGAGAGAGGAGAUCCUGUGUGUUUGUAGUUGGUCAAGUAAACUUUAAAUGGAGGGUUCAACUGUACCUUUAUCAUGUCAUGUUUGCAGCUUUUUUCUUAAUCCCUAUCUCUCUCUUAAAUUCCUUACUAUUGUUUUGGAAUUUUUGUUAUUUUGAUCCUGUGUUUUAUCAGCAUAAAAAUAUUGAGUGCUUCGUACAUCUCGCUUGUUGUUCUGAACGAGGGUGUUGAAAUGUUUUUUUAAUCUGGGUCUUUUCUUCUACUUGAUACGUGUGUUUGAUGUGUGGAUUUGAUAUGAAGGUUUGUCAAGGGGUCUGUUUGUUGUUUUAUUGCGGGCUGUUUGAGGUUGUUGUUUUUUAAGGCGGAGGUUUUUGUUUUUAAAGGGGAAGGGGGGGGGGUGGCUUCCUGUUUUGUUAAUUCUUCAGUCAGCCAUCUUGAAAAAAGUACAAACAGAAAAGCUGUAAGAGGAAAUAUAGUUUUCUCUGUAUUUUGUUUAGCAUUUUGAAAACUGAAUAUCAAUUAAGAUAGUGUGAACAAGUAAAUAUAAAAAUAAAACCAUUUGUGUCACGACACAGUGGAACCAGGCUCUCGUCAAUUUUUUGGCGUAUGUAGUUAUAUAUAUCCAUCUUAAAGCUUAUUCAUUUGUCUUGAUUUCAAUAAGAGAACUUCCCAUAUACAUCUUCAAUAGAAGUCAAAAUAUUUCGGAUUGAAGGAGGUGGGGGUCACCUGAUUUCAGAGGUAAAACUAGUGAAAAAAUGGCAAGUUUGGUGACUUCCAAAGCUUGAGAGUCCUUGAAAACUGCAAAUUUGCUUUUUAUGUGCCCAAUGUUUUUCACUAAAGUCCGCAUUGAACUGCAUUAAUGUUAAUCCCCUCCAAAAAAGUUUUUUUUUAAAAUUGCCAAGCCAGCAGAAAAAUGCAAGUUUCUUCAAUUUCAUGAUUUUGACGAGCGCCUGAUUUCACCACGCUGCUUCACAUUUGAUUGUCUUUUUAAGCUUCAUAGGAUUAUUGACCAGUGUCUGUGUGUAUUAUAGCUGUUAAAUGCUUCACCAUCACGAGUAUAGUGUUUCUAUUUUUGUAGUCCUGUUUGCAAGCAGUACUUAGGACAAUAAGGAGAAUAGUUUGUCUACCAUGAACGGAUGAUAUAUAUAUAUAUGUGUGUGUGUGUGUGCCGGAAGAAAGGGCCCAGUUGUAGGCAAAGAUAUUUUUGAGCAAUGGGGUGAAAAGGCCCAAAAAAGUAGUUCUCGGUAAAAAAUUAAAUUCCCUCAGAAAACUCACAUUUAACCGUUUCUACCUACCAAAAAGAUUUUAUAAUAUUUUGAGUCUAAAUAUUUUUUUAAAUUAAUUGUUUUUGCUACAUGUUGUACUACUUCAUCAAAGGUAAGAAAUGUGCUGGAAAUUGAGGUUUUCUCCAAACUUUGUUUUUACACCCUUUGUCACAAAAUGUGGCAUGAUCUUUAGAACAACUCAAGAUAUUUGAAAAUUUUUUAAAAAUCAUCAUGUUCAGCUUUGAAUUUGCUACGGGAAUAAUAUGCCUUUACUUUACUAUCCGAAAUUUCAGACAACUGGGACCUUUCUCCAGGCACACACACGCAUAUCCUUUAAUAUCCGAAUAAAAAGAGAAGGUGGAGACCUUGCAAGACACCACAGAUGGCUAGCUAGCAUGGUAAAUAGAGGAAAGUAAAAGAAAUAAUAGCAAGGGGCGACCUCAGAAUUACAAGAUUCUAUCUGACAUUUUUGGCCAUUUUGAGUUACUGAGACUAUGAGGUCAGAAACCAAAUGUUCUAUCUUCUCUAUCGAAAUCCUAAGAUUAUUCAGUCCUUUUCAAGAUGUUCAAAGAAUUGCAUUUGAAAAGCCUUGACAUGUUAUGAAACUCAACAUUUUUUACGUCAAAUUUCUCAAAACUAGGUACUCAGCAGAUAGAACUUUGUAAUUUUAAGAUAGGGAAGUAACUUAUACUUGUAAUGAUCACAAACGCCACAACUCUCCAUAGAAAGCAACGCCUCUUAAUUAGUACUUAAAUAGGUGAACAAAGCAUGGAUUGCACAUGUGUGUUUAUGUAUAGGCUGAGUAAACAAUAUUGAACGGGUCAUUUAGUGAAUUGAAAUUUGCUGUUCAAACUAAGUGAGAUGUAAUCAUUUUCUUUGGUGAAUGAAAAUGAAAGAAAGACGGUGUGGAUACGUUUGAAUUUUAAUCGCUGUUGUUAUCACUUUUUUAUCUCAUUUUUAAAUAGAUCAGCUGCGUAAGCAUGCAUUUUCUACAUUGUUUCUGUGACUGAUCACCAACAUACGCACUGAAAAGGUUCAUGUGAAUCAAAAAAGACAUUGUAUGCUGUGAUUGUGGACCAAUUUUUGUACCUUCAUCGUUUUUUGUCAGUGGAUUUGUUUUUUUGUUGGGUUUUUUUCACCUGUGCUUGAGUACAAGUUGUAUCAGUUGUCUUGCAUGUUUUCAAAAAUUAACAACAAAGUUUUUGAAUUACA